UGUUUUAUCGAAUUAUUAAUCCCGAAGAGAUUCAGCAUGAGAAAACUUUGGGUGGGGGCUUAGAAAAGUUUGCUUAUCAUGUGGAAGUGGUGGGGGGAGAAAUAGCCAAGAAAAGGGAACGACACCGAAGCCUUAAAUUAGAAGCUGAUUUAAAGCAGGAAAGAAAUAUCCUGCAAAAUGACCUCACCACCCUGCAAAACUCCACCGACAUAAAAAUCCUCGAAGGAUUGAAUAAAGAAAUCACUGACUUAAAAAAGCAAAUUCAAGGACUUACUCUUUUAGCCAGUGACCCACAAGAAAAAGCCGACUUGGAAGCCCAGCAUCAACAAGAACUUACCCAAUUCACCCAAAACCUCAACCUAUCCCAACAAGAAAACCAAAACCUCAAAAAACAACUCUUCUCUAACCAACAAAAAGAAACCGAACUAAAUAAAAUUCUUAGCCAAAAAAACCAAAGAAUUAAUUUUUUAGAAGCUGAACUUAACACUCUUAACCAAACCUUAAAGGAAACUAAAGAAAAAGCCUAUCAAGAACAACAAUCUAAACAAACCCACAUCACUCAGCUUCAACAAGAUAAAACCAAUCUCAUUAGACAAGUCACUUCCUUAACCAAAACUGUCCGGGAACAGUUAGAGAGGCUUAACCAAAAGGAGGCUGAAUUAGCUAAACAAAAGCAAGAACUAACCGAAAAUAAUCAACGAGAAGGUCGUUCAGAGAUUGAAAAGAAACUGGAAGAGUUAGCAAACUUCUUGGAUAUUAAUGAGGAUAAGGGGGGAAAUA